AUGGCCCUAGCUCAACUUGCGUACCGCUGCACCUUCCUUGACGUGAUGGAUGGCAAGAUGGAUGGUGCAGAUCGUCGUGCUCGGUUCCGUAGCCUCUCGCCUACCCGGACAUCGGCGCGCCCCGAGCCUCUUAUGCAGGACGUCUGGGCGCAUCGUCAUCUUCGCACUCUGCGGCAAGGGCGGAGCGCAAGGAUCGUCGAUGCGCCGGUCCCCAGUCGGGGCAGUGUGGGACACCCGGCCUUGUGCAACAAGCCAUGCGUUUGCGUUGCAAGGCAGGGGCACUGCCAGAAAGGUUGGGCCUGUGGCUUUUGCCACUGCGAGCACGAUGACCCGAAGCCCGACAAGAAGCAGCGGCUUUUGAUGAGCGCGAUGCCCAGGCAAGAGCUCCUUGGCCUUCUCGCAGAUCUACUUCGGGAGCGUGCCGAGCAAGAUGGACUCCAUGAUGUGAGCUUCCUGCUGGCAGUUCUUUCCGUCCAUUCAGGACUUCCAGGUCGUUUGCAGACGAAGUCUCGCAAGCUUCACAACCUGCGACAGGUACUUCAGCGCAUGAACUUCUCCGGCAUCCUUCUGACGGCUGCGAACAAGUGUGAGGGCCGCAGCAAGGCCGUCAUACUGCAGGAGUUGAGCGCUUUGCGCCACAGUGCCAGGCGACAGGUGACCUAA